UCCAGCUGCUCACUUUUCGCCUUAUAAAAUACACGCACUUCCCACACCAAAUGUGCUCAAUUCCACACUCUGUUCUUCCUCAAUUUUGCACCCAAAAUCCACACUCUUUUUGCUCUGUUCUUGCAUGGCAGCUCGCUUAUUGUCUUUUGAGGUGGCUGAUCUCUGCUUAGGCAAGCCGCCGCUGCGUGCCCUUCCUGUUUCCGCCACCGUCGGUGAUGCCUUGGCGGCGCUAAAGGCGGCGGAGAAUAAGUUCGUGAGUGUGUGGAAUUGUGAUCAUUCUAAGAGGGAUUUGAAUGCUGACGAUGAAAACUGCUUGUGUAUUGGGAAGAUUUGCAUGGUUGAUAUAAUUUGCUAUCUUUGCAGAGAAGAGAAUUUAUCUUCUCCAGCUUUGGCCUUGAAGUCCCCUAUUUCCGUUUUGCUGUCAAAAGUUCAGGGUCUCGUGAGGCACGUAGAGGCUUCUUCAAGUUUACUUGAAGCCAUUGAUUUGAUCCUCCAAGGUGCGCAGAAUCUUGUGGUUCCUAUAAAGAGCAACAACACAGGUAGUUCAAAGAGAAAACAACUCCUAAAAUCAUCAUCAAUGAGUCCAACAGUUCACAAUGGCCUCGAAUUUUGUUGGCUAACGCAAGAAGAUAUAAUGAGAUUCCUUCUUAGCUCAAUUGGCCUUUUCUCUGCGAUCCCAACUCUUUCCAUCGACACCCUUGGCAUCAUCAGCCCUGAAUUUUUGGCCGUUGGGUACCACUCCUUGGCUUCAUCAGCAAUUGGAGCCAUCUCCCAAUCUCUAGUGGAUCAAACUUCGGUGGCUGUUGUUGAUGAUGAUGGAACAUUGAUUGGUGAGAUCUCCCCCUUCGCCCUUUCUUGCUGUGACGAGACUGUGGCAGCUGCCAUUACAACCCUCUCCGCCGGGGACCUAAUAGCCUACAUUGACUGUGGAGGCCCCACCGAGGAAAUUGCGAGGGUGGUUGAGGCAAGGUUGAAGGAAAGAAAUCUAGAGGGAAUGUUAGAGGAAUUCGCGAUUGAGUCCUCCAAUAGUACGAUUCUUUCCAGCUCGUCUUCUGACGAGGAAUUACCUUCCCCUACUAGAACAUUGUCAAGGGCGGGUCGGUAUAGUAGGUCUACCAGCUACUCAGCACGAAUGGUGAGAAGGGCAGAGGCAAUAGUGUGCCAUCCCGGAAGUUCUUUGGUGGCAGUGAUGAUACAGGCUAUUGCGCAUCGGGUAAACUAUUUAUGGGUUAUUGAAGAUGACUGCAGUUUAGUUGGAAUUGUAACAUUUGCUAACAUGCUAGAAGUUUUUGGCAAAAACUUAGAAUCCAUGAUAUGAAGAAAAGAUCAGUUAGCUCCCAGUAGUAAGGGUUUUAACUUAUUUUCAUUGAUGAAAAUUGGGAGGGGCUUUUGUAAUUUGAUUUUGAAAUGGUUGGUUUUGUAUUAAAUUGUAUGAUCAUAGCAAAAGCAACAAAUCAUGCAGUGAUAUUUUUUCAUCUCUCUCAAUUUAUAAUUAAAAAUCGAAGAAAUUAUUCAA